AUGCCUUCUGUACUGGAUACCUUGUUUUUGAUCAUUUUUAUUUUGGAAUUCACAGUGGGGAUUGGGGGAAACGGAUUCAUUAUACUGGUACACAGUAUUGACUGGAUGAAAAAACGCAAGGUCUUUCUCGUUGACUUUGUCCUCACCUGCUUGGCCCUCUCUAGGAUACUUUUUCUGUGGAUGACAAUUUCAUAUAUCUCUCUUGAAUUUUUCUAUGAGAAAAUACUUCUGCCUGAGGAUCUGAAGAUCAUUUGCAAAGUUCUCUGGGUAGGAAGCAACUAUUUUUGCAUGUCUUGUACCACUUGCCUCAGUGUCUUAUACUUUUUCAAGAUAGCCAACUUCUCUCACUCUGUGUUCCUCUGGAUGAAGAAGAGGAUUCACAAACUGCUCCUAGCUAUCAUGGUAGUAGCCGUGUUUUCUUUCUGCAAAUAUCUCAUUCUGAAGAAAAUGCUUACUAAGAGGCUGGUACAUGAAUGGAUACUAAUGACAAAAAACUCAACAUCUGAUUUGAUGGAAGUACUAUAUGACGUCUUAAUUUCUCAUAUUAUCAUCCACAUGGUGCUCAUCAUCUUCUUCGUGGUGACAUCGACCUCGUUCCUUCUUCUGAUCCUGUCCUUGUGGAGCCACACCAGACAGAUGAAGCUGCAUGGCAUAUAUUCCCGGGAUUCUAGCACAGAGGUUCACGUCAAAGCUAUGAAAGCCAUGAUGUCAUUUCUUCUUCUCUUUCUUGUGCAUUAUUUUAGCCAUGCUGUGAUGAUAUUAACCUAUUAUUUUCCAGACAGCACUGCAAUAAAGAUUUUUGCUUAUGUGAUAAUAUUUCUUUAUCCAUCUGGCCAUCCUCUUCUUCUGAUUUUAUGGCAUAGCAAAUUGAAACAGGCUUCAGUCUGUGUCCUGCAGAAGAUAAAAUGUGUCAGAGACCAUAACACAUAA